AUGACUCCUUUUCAAUUUUUUAAUAUAAAAAUUAAGCUAAAACUUUGAUUGGCCGCAGUCAGUAUAAUUCAUAUUUACAUGGAAAACAACGAUAGUAGAGACAUAGACUACAGCUUCAAGCUCGUCAUUAUUGGCGACUCAACAGUUGGAAAAUCCAGCAUCCGAAGCCGGUUCACAAAAAAUGAAUUCUGUCAGAGCAUGCCAAGCACCCAUGGUUUCAAAAAUGAUUACAAAAUUGUUGACAUUGACAGCAAGGUCGUCAAAGCUGAAAUCUGAGAUACUGCAGGCCAAGACCAGUACCGCGGAAUCCUUCCUUCGUUCUACCGAGGGGUCAAAGGCGCUCUCGUUGUCUUUGACAUUACAAACAGAGAAAGCUUUAAAAAUCUGUCUAAAUGAAUCAGAGAGCUGAAGCUGAUGGGGGACUCCCUUCUUUCGGUCCUGCUGAUCGGCAACAAAAAUGACCUCGAAAAUGAGAGAAAAGUCCCACAAGAGGAAGCCAAAAUUUAUGCCCAAAAAAAUCAAUUACUGUAUAUGGAAACUUCUGCUUUAACAGCAGAAAAUGUGGACAAGGCCUUUCAGGAUGUGCUGACUGAUAUUUUGAGAUCUACUAUAGUUAUGAUGGCCGGGGGAGAAAAGCCAAAUAUUGGGCCGACAAAAAAGAUUACAUCGAGUGAAAAGCAAAAAAGGUCAAAACAGCUGGCUAUGGACGCUCCCAGAUGUGCUUGUGCAUGCAUUUGCGAGAUCUUUUAA